ACCCAGGCGCCCCAAUGUUUAUUUAUUUUUAAGAGACAGAAACAGAGCACAAGCUGGGGAGGGACAGAGAGAGAAGGAGACACAGGAUCCAAAGCAGGCUCCAGGCUCCAAGCUGUCAGCACAGAGCCCAACGCGGGGCUCGAACUCAUGAGCCGCGAGAUCAUGACCUGAGCCGAAGUCGGACGCUUAACUGACUGAACCACCUAGGCACCCCUCUCAUAAUAAAUAUUUUUUAAAAAUAAAAUAAAAUGGGGACAGCAUUUUUGUCUGAAGAGCCAAGUUCCUGGGUUAACUAAAACAUGAACUUACCCAGAACAUCACAUUCUACUGUUCAUCCAACAAAUACCUAUUGAGCGAUAUUUAUAUGCUAGGUUUUUUUGGGGGUGGGGGAACUACAGUAAAGACAAUUCCUGCUCUCAAGUCACUUACAGUCUGGGGCGGAGACGUGAAGAAACAGUUUGAGCACCAAGUACUCUGACAGAGACACGUGCAUGUGGCUUGGAGGAGAUACAGGUCGGGAUCCCAAGGAAAACAGCCCUGACUCAGCCUUAAGAACUCCAUCCUUCUCUCUCUCAACAGCACACGUGCGAUUGUGUUUGGGACCCACUAGGAUAACCUAGGAGGAUCCCCUCUUCUCUAGAUCCUUAAUUACGUCUUCUGCACAUAUGGUAACGUCCGCACUUUCCAGGGAAUUGGCACAGAUAUCCUGGGGGUGGGGGAUCCAUUCACAGACCUUUACAAGUUCACAGAGACUGGGGAGAACCACCUUGAGAAAAUCUGCACUGCCCUGCAUUCUCCUCCCCACUUCCCUCCCUUUUACCCUAGCUCUUAUUUAAAAUAACCUACAUUUGUAUACAGUUUUAUGGCUUAAAAGGUUAUUAUGCAUUUAUAAGCUCAUUUCAGUCCCAUAAAAACCUAUAAAUUUUGCAUUAUCCCUAUAAUUCCAUUGGCAAAGAGUAAAUGGAGGUUCAUAGAGAUUAUGUGACCUGACCAAGGUCACGAGUGCUGGAAAGAGUGAGCACUGGGCUCCAACCUGAGUCUUUGGCCACAACUCCUGUGGCUCCUGCCGUCAUCACCUGCCUGAAUCUUGACGGGGCAUCGAGAGGUUCCGAGACCGGGACUGGGAGAUGCCCUUGGAGUACAUUCAGCUCUCCCUGCUCCUCCUGCUGAGCACAGCUAAAAACACUGGGUGUUUUCUAUAAAACCAGCAUAAGAAGACCCUGAAAGGUGGGAAGAAGAAGGCAGACUGACUAGGGACCUUGGAGCCCGAGGAGGGACGUGGCAGUGAGUUCCCUGGGUUUUCUUUUUGUUUCCUACAUCCUGGACUGGGUGCUGGAAAAGCAACCCAGAAAUGCCAAUGGGCACAGACAAAAUAAAGUCUCAAGAAAAGCCUGCUUGCUUUCUCUAGCUGGAAAAACAAAACUAGGAAAGAGGCAAUCCAGCAAGACAUAAAAGUUUUGGACAAUAAUUGCCCUACCCUAGCCAAACACCAUGGAAAAAAUCAUGGCCCCACCUCCACCACAUAAGCAAAGACCAAGUGGGGACCCCAGGCUCCCACCCUUGCCCAACUAUAAUUAGGUACUCCUCCUCACGUCCCACCCCAGGCUGCUAGGGUAGUGUCAUAGAAGACACAGUGGGAUCCAGAGUGUCAUAGAAGACAUCCCUGCCCAGAGGUAAUGAAUUCGCCAUCCAAGAGUUACAAGGUGCCCUUCCCUGUCCUGCCAGAGUGUCAGAGGAGGCCAACUGGGGGGAUCUAAAAUCCCAUAUCCACCCAGCAGUGAGGACUUACCUCUCUCCAACCCAGGUUUGACAAAGGAGGCCAAGUGGAGAACCCAGACCUUCACCCCACCUGGCAUUACUGGGGAGAUGCCCCCACCCACAACUGGCAUGAAGUCAGAGGAAACUUGCUGAAAUAGAAGAUGUAAAUAAGAUCCAGAGUCUCCUAACACCCAAAUGUCCAGAAUACGAUCAAAAUCAUACAUCAUACCAAGAACCAGGAAAAUCUCAAAUUAAAGAAAAAGAAAAGAAGAUAAUAAGCAGAUGCCAACAGCACGAUGGUGCAGAUAUGGGAAUUAUCUGACAGGGAUUUUAAGGAAUCAUAAAAAUGCUUCAACAAGGAAUUAUGAAUACACUUGAAACAAAUACAAAGUAGAAUAUCUCAGUGAAGGGGUGCCAGGGUGGCUCAGUCGGUUAAGGGUUCAGCUCUUGCUUUCAGCUCAGGUCGUGAUCUCACAGUUUGUGAGAUUGAGCCCCACGUUGGGCUCUGUGUCUGGGCUCAAGCAUGGAGCCCACUUGGGCUUCUCUCUCUGUCUCUCUCUCUCUCUCUCUCUCUCUCUGUCUGCCUCUCCGCAACUAGGACGUUGAGAGGACUCUCUCAAAAUAAAUAAACUUAAAAAAAAAAAAAAGAAAAUCUCAGUGAAGAAAUCAACGAUAUAAAGGAGAACCAAAUAGAAAUUCCAGAACUGCAAAAUAUAAUUACCCAAGUAAAAAAACUCCAAGGAAGGGAGGACUCAACCUCAGAAUGGAGGGGGACAGAGGAAAGGACCCAUGAACUUGAAGAUGGAACAGUACAAUUGAGCCAAGCUGAACAACAGGAAGUGGGGUAAAAAAAACAAACUUAGGUUUCUGAAUCAUCAUGUCUUGCAGUUGAAGCAAAAAAUAUAACAUUGCUGAAUGUGAUUUUCAACAUAUCCAGAGGAAAUACUUACGUUAUACUGCAAAUGGAUAAGGGUGAAGGAACGGAGAGGGAGGUGGUACUUUUUCUACACUUGUCUCCCAACUGGUAAGCAGUGGACACCACUAGGUCUUCAUGCUGACAGAGUAAUUCUGUAUCGUGAUUUCAGCGGUGGUUAUAAGACUCUGCAUGGAUGAUAAAAUGCCAUAGAACUAUAUGCACACAUUUGCCCCAAUGUCUGUUCACUGGCUUUGAUUUUGUGCUAUGGUCGUACUCCGUUACAUGGCUUCUCUCUCUACUCUCUGUGCAACUUCCUAAGUGUCUGAAACGAUUUCAAAACGAAAAGGAAAAAGAUAAGGGGAUUGAAGGGGCAUCUUCACAAGCAAUGGGGAACGCUUUCCAUUCUAGAGGCCAGGCGUGAAGGGAGGCGUGCUCAGAGGACAGAGGUUUGCAGACUAGAACCUUCAGUGCAGACCCAGCCUCACCCUCAAGUGACAUCACAAAGCCUCAGACGCCCCCGCCCACCACCCAGAAGUUUUAUCAAUUAAGCCAUCAGCUCAGGACUAUAUUUGCACUGGAAGCUGUUGUCCAACCUGGCCGAGCACACAUCUCCUCUCCCUGUUCAGUUAUGUCCGAGGAAAAUGGCGCCAUGCAAGCAGCAGGGUCAACAGACGUGUGACUGCAGCUCCUCACCCACUCUGAGGAUAUAACAAAGAGCCGCCUGGUUCUCCUGGUGCGUAGUCAUUGGGGGAGUCUGCUCAUACACUUAGCUCAGCCCUCUCAGAGAACCCUAUGUCUUCCUCACAACUCCCAGCCUUCCUGUGGGACAAGAGCACACUCACCACCGCCAUAUCUGACCCUGCUCGCCUAGUAAAGGUUCUCUUCUUCUUUGCACUCCUGAUGACCUUAGUCACUCUACUCAUCCUGGUCUGGAAGGUAACCAAAGACCGAGGCAACAAGAACAGAGAGCCAGACCCGAGAAAGGAAGAUACUCUGCUGGUGCGAAGGUGGACAGUCACUGCCAAGGACUCCAUUGAGGGGAAGCCUGGAGGCUCAGGAGGCAGCGUCAUCCUGGAGCCAGAACCUGAGGAGGAAGAGCUGCUUUGCGGGGGAGGUCCCCCCGGGGGGGCCCCCCAGGGCCUCCCCCCUCCUCCACCACCACUUAUGUAAUUCACACUCAUCUUGCUGUUCUCUGGCUCAUCCAGGCUGCCAGGUUUGAAUGUCUUCUCUCUGUGGAUCUUCUAGACUGAAAUUAUAAAUGGCUCUUGAUUUCUGCAUUAACCGAGGAAAAAACAAACACGUGGAGAAUUAAAAAUUGAUUACAAAGCCCACAUCUUCCUUUCUAAAUUGGGCAUGUGUUGACUCUGGGAUAUUGAAAUUAUUGGGAGCUCACAGCAUCUCUGACUAUAUAAUGAAGCUAUACCAGAAGCUCGGUUCCAGAAGAUCCUUGAAAUAGAACAGCUCACCUACUCCAAAUUCUAGGUAAAAUGCUCCCUCCUCUUCACCUAAUUCUAAGAAUAAAAAGUAUUAUUGCUCUCAAAAAAUGA